CAAAUAACUCGCUCUGUUUCCAUUUCCAAACUCCAAAGGCUAACAAAACAAAUGGGUUUUAGAAUUGCAAAGAGAAAGUUGCUGGGAAAAUCCAAACUGGGAAAGCCUUUGAGUUUGAAGUGACUCACCGAGUCAUUAACUCGUUAACUUUUUAAUAAGAUUUCGGACAAGUUGAGGUUUUUUUUUUUUUUUUUUAAUUAAGGUUUUAAAAACCAUUGUUUGACUCAAAAAGCAGAGAAGGUUGUAUAGGGUGGGGACUGGAGAAUAGGGAGUGAGGUUGUGAUGGUGAAGUAGAUCUGAAAGGUGAAGAAAUUCAAGUAGCUAGUGCCCAAAGUUUUCAUCUUUGAAUCAAAGGGAUAUCAAAUGAUUUAAGGUUUGGUUUAACUGUCUCCUGACACAUUCAGAAAAUGCCGCAUCAUUCCUUCCACAAGCUUGUUCUUCCCUCUACUCUCCAAGCCAGGCAACUGAGGAUUCCGGAUAACUUUAUGAGGAAAUAUGGGGGUGAGCUUUCUCCAGUUGCUACCCUCUCUGUUCCUGAUGGUAGUAUCUGGCGUGUAGGAUUAAAAAAGGCAGACAACAAAUUUUGUUUCCAUGAUGGUUGGCAAGAAUUUGUUCAGCGCUAUGCCAUUGGUGUUGGAUACUUGUUGGUAUUCAGAUAUGAAGGAAAAUCAUCUUUCAAUGUUCAUAUUUUUAAUUUGGCUUCUUCUGAGGUGAACUAUCAAUCAGCAGUACGAAACAGUAAUGAAGGGCCUUACUUUGCAAAUCGUCUUAAAAUUUUUGAAGAAAUGGAAGAUGAAGAUUCCAUUGAAAUCUUGGAUUUGUCACCUUCCCGCAUUACUCCUGGUACAUUGCAAAACAAAGUUUUUCCUGGAUCAGUAGAUAAAUUAACACCUGCCAAGAGUUAUACGCCUCCAGCAUUGCAUAAUCUCUUUAACGGAUCAAAACUUAAUAGCAUAAAUUGGGGAGAGGAUGGGAAUGCCCUUUCUUCAAGAAGUGCCAAUUCAUUAGACAAUCAGUUGACAAGAGAUAUAGGUGUUCAGUUUAAUGCAGUUGAGUUUAAAAGGUCUACUGAAGAAUUGAAGUUGCGCACAUCUAUCGAGGAAAGGGUUAAAAAAACUGUAAGAAAGAAGCGGAAAUCAGAUGGCCAUGAACCCUCUGCUGAACAUGAAGAGGAGGCAGAAAUGCGCCUUAGAUUUUAUGAAAGUGCUUCUGCAAGAAAAAGAACUGUGACAGCAGAGGAAAGAGAAAGGGCCAUCAAUGCCGCAAAAGCAUUUGAACCAUCUAAUCCUUUCUGCCGGGUUGUCCUGCGGCCCUCCUAUUUAUAUAGAGGGUGCAUAAUGUAUUUGCCAUCUUGCUUUGCAGAAAAGCAUUUGAAUGGGGUUUCAGGAUUUAUAAAACUUCAAAUCUCUGAUGGGAGACAAUGGCCUGUUCGCUGUCUUUAUAGAGGAGGUAGAGCUAAGUUAAGCCAGGGAUGGUUUGAAUUUUCGUUAGAGAACAAUUUAGGAGAAGGUGAUGUAUGUGUGUUUGAGCUUCUUAGAGGGAAGGAUGUAGUGCUUCAAGUUACUGUAUUUCGUGUCACUGAGGAUGUGGGAUUGUUGAGCACUCCUUUGCAUCAGAACCAAAACGUGAGCCAUGCUAAACUGUUGAACACUCCCUUGCACCAUCACCUAACUUCAACUAAAAUGGUUAGGAAUUAGCAGCAGGUUCAUUCCUGAUAGCUCAAAUGUAUCAAGUAGCCCUUGCUUCUGUGUGAUAUUUAUCUAGUUUCUUUCUUCUCGUGGAACUUAGAUGCUCUUUAUGUCCAUAAAUAUUUCAGGAUGACUUAAGUGGAACACAGUCAUUAUAGUUU